AUGAAGUCUCUUGCUAUCAAUGCCCUCUUCGUGCUUACCAGCUUGGGUCAAGCCAAGCCAGUGCAUCCAAGUUCAUCACCCAUUGAAGCCUCUUUGGAGCUGGGUCCUUUGGACCUGUCAAUUUUCUCCAGCCAGGGCGCUACUUCCGAGGCCUACGACCCCGAACGCCGACCGUUCAAGCUGACAUGGCUCGAAACUUUCCAUGGUGAAGCCGGGACACUGCCAUCAUCAAAAAAUUGGAUAUUUUCCCGGGGAACUCAGUAUCCGGGAGGCGCUGAACGUUGGGGCAACAACGAAUUCCAGUACUAUACCGACUCGACCAAGAACUCGGUGUUGACCGGACAAGGCACGAUGAAAAUUAUCCCCCGCGAAGCACCUCGUUCCAUGCGCAAUGGCACAAUCCUUUACACAUCUGCACGACUAGAAACCCAACGGACGGACUUUGCUGCCACAGAGGGCGGGAAAAUGUAUGUCGGCAGCCGCAUCAAGCUCCACAGUGUUGACAAGGCGAACAUGCAAGGCGUCUGGUCCGCCUUCUGGGCUCUGGGCGAGUCGUUCAGGGGAAACUACACCAACUGGCCCAUGGCCAGUGAGUGGGACCUCCUCGAAGUCCUGAAUGGAGAUCCGAAAAUAUACACCACCCUUCACUGUGGCUUCGCCCCGGGGGGGCCAUGUGAGGAAUAUAACGGUAUAGGUAACGGAGGCGUGCCUUGGAAUUUUGAUACCUGGAACAAUGUUGGGUUCCUCGUCGACCGGGCGAUAAGAGUCAAUCAGACUUGGGAGGAUGAGAGAUUAGAGUGGUAUCUGAACGGCAAUUCAGUCCACAACGUCACAGGCGGUGACAUUGGUGACUUUGAUACUUGGGAAAAGAUCGCCCACGAGGGCCAUUUCCUCCUCCUCAACGUCGCUAUGGGAGGAAAUUGGCCAGGACCUCCAAAUAACAAGACCGUCUCAGGAGAACAGGUUGCAAUGGAAGUCGACUACGUAGGAGUAUGGAACUCGGCUCAUUGGUCUCAAAUUGAGUUGAUUUUGCUUUAUAAGAUACGCAGAUUCUUCUGGGGGUAG